UAAUGCGAAUCGUGGUCGUACUUGCGUACUCAACUAACUGAAUGUCAUAUCUCGGAGCAAAUUUCUCAUAAUGUAGCUUUCCUAACGUUAAUAAUUGUGAACGCUGCUGUUCUCUAAUCGCGUCUGCGGAACUUUGCCGUUUAAAGAUUGUACAGCAUAUGCAUUCGCAUUGUGCACAAGCACAUCGGCGGCGCUUGCGUACACAUGUCACCCAUUUUGACGGUUUAGUUCGGAACAGGUUCUUCGCCGUUCUUGAAUGUCGCCAAAUGCAUACGCAAAUACCGGAUAGCCAAGACUUCCAUGCAUAACGCAGCUUAUCAUCAUAUUUCUUGUUGCAGUCGACUCAAGUAGAAUCUGCAGCGUAAGAUAACCUUUACUGGAUGCAGUUUUAAGCUGCUUGGUGAAUAAUUAUGAAGUCGUCCGGUUUACGGGCUCUAAUUUCUUGCGUUCUGCGACAACCCGUUCAAGUUCGGCGAUUUGCAUCGGCCGCCGUGUCGCCGUUAUGGGAUUCUCCUGAGUACGAUCCCGAAAUCAGUCAAGUGGCAGAAAGACAGGCAGUUAAUAAUAUAAGGAAUACCCCUGGGGAUGCUGAAUUUCUCCGGGACACAUUCGGACGACAACAUACCUACCUCCGCAUCAGCCUCACCGAGCGAUGCAAUCUUCGAUGUCAGUAUUGCAUGCCUGCCGAAGGCGUUCCUUUAACCAAAAAGGACAACCUAUUAACUACAACCGAGAUUCUACGAUUGGCAUCGGUAUUCGUGUCCGGUGGGGUGAAGAAGAUUCGGCUGACCGGCGGAGAGCCGCUGCUGCGAACGGAUAUCGUUAACAUAUGUGAGGGACUUAAUGCUUUUGAUGAAGUGGAGGAAGUGAACAUAACGACCAAUGGGAUCUUAUUGGCUAAGAAACUUCCAGCGCUCCACAAAGCUGGACUGCGCACAAUCAAUGUUAGUCUGGACACCCUUGUUCCUGCCAAGUUCGAACUCAUAACACGCCGACGCGGAUGGGAAAAAGUCAUUGAAAGUAUCGAUACGGCUAUUGACCAUGGAUAUCGGCCCCUGAAGGUGAACUGCGUGGUUACGAGAGGAGUGAACGAGGACGAAAUAGCAGAUUUUGUGGAAUGGACAAGAAAUAAGGCUGUGGAUGUGCGUUUUAUUGAAUACAUGCCGUUCGACGGAAAUAAAUGGAACGAUAAAAAAAUUGUGCCUUAUGCCGAAAUGCUGGAUAUUGUCAAGAGAAGGUUUCCGGAAAUUGUCAGAUUAACAGAUAAACCGAACGACACUUCAAAGGCAUACAAAAUACCUGGAUACGUUGGGCAGUUCGGCUUCAUAACUUCCAUGACCGCAAAUUUUUGUGGAACUUGCAAUCGUCUGCGUCUCACAGCGGACGGAAACCUCAAAGUGUGCUUGUUCGGAAAUGCUGAGGUUUCAUUGCGAGAUGUUUUGCGUUCUGGCGCUAGUAAUGAUGAACUGAAAGAAGUGAUCGGUGCGGCUGUUAAAAGAAAAAAGAAACAACAUGCCGGGAUGCUUAACAUUGCGAAACAGCCUGGGCGUCCUAUGAUUCUCAUUGGUGGUGUCCGCUCUUUAUUUUAUCCAAAUAUCUCCGCAAAAUGUUUGGUGUCGCGGUUUUCAUACAUCUCAUCCCUGCUUUCCUCGAAAGUUCCCGGUGAAUUCAGCCAUGUCGAUCCCGCAUCCGGUAAAGCCAACAUGGUAUCGAUUCGAGACAAGUCUGUAACUCAUCGCCGCGCUGUUGCUGAAGCUACCAUCUAUCUCGGACCGGAAAUCUUCCAAAAAGUCCACAACAACGACAUGAAAAAAGGCGACGUCAUCACCGUGGCCAAAAUAGCCGGCAUUACCGCAGCUAAGAAAACCAGUGAUCUGAUCCCGCUGUGCCAUCCCAUUUCGCUGGAUGUGGUUCGUCUGGAGCACAGUUACCUGCCGGAAACCUCUGAACUGCGAUUGGAGGCCACAGUGGAAGCCAGUUGGAAGACCGGUGUGGAGAUGGAAGCGCUGACAGCCGUAACGGUUGCAGCGUUGACGGUGUACGAUAUGUGCAAAGCCCUGAGUCAGAAGAUGAUUGUCAAGAAUCAGUUUAUGUGAUUAUUUUCGUUUGUUAUGGACGCCAUAUUCAGUUACCAACCUGAUCCGAACGAUGAUCUUUACAGCAUUUUAGGAUGUGACGAAUUAUCUACCCCGGAGCAAAUUCUAACGGAAUACCGCAUCAAAGCGGUAGAGUGUCAUCCGGACAAGAACAUUGGCGAUUCCUCAGCAGCGGAACGGUUUCAGAAUCUGCAGCGUGCCAAAGACAUCCUGUCGGAUGAAAAACAACGCAGUGAUUACGAUUUGUGGCGCCGAAGCGGCAUCCAAGUGUCAUACGAUGAGUGGGUUGCACGACGGGAGAGUUUGAAACCGUCGAUGCACUGGUACGUUCGUACAAAGAAGGAGCCCAUGAUCGAUGCGCCGCCUGCGAGUUCCGGCGCGACUAGUUCCGGCGAGGGAAACGCUAAUCCAUCUCCCACCGGUACAGCGGCGGCCACUGAGCCGUACUUGCCUAGAGUGAUCUGGAACAGCGAACGAGGAUCUGAUACAGUGCGGAAGUUUCGCAACUAUGAAAUAUGAUCGGUGAUACGUAUAUUGUCGUGUACAUGUACAAUAUAUUGUCCAGAUAAUAAUAUGUUUUUAUAUUAUGUACUCUUUAAUCGUACAGUGUGUUUUGCUGUUUGCAGUUGUAUUUAAGGGAAUAAACGUUUUUCACUCCAGAAUUUGUGUAUGAUUCGACAUACUUAACAUUUUUUUGUUGCUUGUGUAGUGUCCAGUAUCUUUAUACGGAGUAUGUAUUUUUACAAAAACUUUUCCUUUCGCCAUUUUUGUUUUGCGCGCAGUACACUGUCAUAAUGCAGUGUACAGCAGUACGUUAACCUUUCCCUCUGAUUUUGUUUGAUUAGUAGGGUACUUAUCGUUACUGUAAGUAUUUUCUGUUUCUAAUAAAAGCCGUAGCCG